ACCCUCCCAAGACAGAUUGUCCAAAAGCAUUUAUACCUUUCCUAAUAAUUCUCCCAUGUUUUAUGGAGGUGCACACCGGUGUGGGCCUGGUAUAGAUUCUUUAAAAUGAUAUUGACAUGAAUUAUAGAUGUGUUUGGAUGAAUGGCAUCGUAAAGCACAUUGCAGUCUGGGAAUGAUCUAUAAUUCAUACAGAGCAUUUUCUCUCUCCUCUUGCGUCAUCCCUUGAGAUGUCCCCAAAUGUGGAUUUCUAACAUUGUAUGCGUAUUUAGAGUACUUUUUUCACAGUUUAAAGAUAAUGGCUCAUUUUGACAAUGCAACCAUCUGUACCAGUGGUGCUCAGAUUGAUCGGCCGCAGAUGGUGAUCGGCUGAUUUCCGUGGAAAAGUACAGGAUAGGCAUAUGUCGAUCAAUGCCUUUCAUUGCUGAUCACAAAACGUAACCUGCAGUCAACUAGAGACCAUCUUGUGUGCAGUGACGCACCCGCUCCCCAUUUCCUUAACGCUGCACACAUCACAGAGCAAACCAAUCACCGAAUCAAUGUUUUUCUCUAGACUGUCAAAUUAAAAUAACGUGCUGUUUUUGUUGAAAGGGAUGGAAAUUUAAAUUGAAUUUUAUCUGUUUUAUCAAACAUUAAAAAUUACCCGAUUAUUUUGAUUAUUAAAAUAGUCGUUAGUGAGAAGCUCUAAAAUUGAAUAAUAUGGAGUUAAUCCAUGUGAUCCGUACCGAUUUGGCAUCAGCGGUUUCACUCAGACGAGAGGAAUCGGCACCAUGAAACCCAAAUGAAAACACCCCGAAUUUUGAUACAAAUAACUUUUUUACUAUACACUAAAUAACUUCCUCUAAAUUGAUGUUCAAAUACAUGCACGCUGCUUUAAAAGAAAAUUCAGGUCCCGGACCCUCACCCGAGUGGAGUUCGGCCCUUAAGGGAACCUACCAAUGCCCCGAAAGCUGCCAAAACUGUCCACAGAUCUUUCUGUAAAUUAUGUUAGUUGUUUGAGCAUGUGUUCUAUUCAUGAUGGCUCAAAGAACAAACUGGUGCUGUUGGUGGGCCUUGCCGAGGUUCCUCUGUGCUCCACUGAGUCACAUUCCACAUUCUCCCAAGUGUAUUGACAUUGACGGAAAUCCAUACCCUGAAGAUUACAUUGGGAUCUGGGAUGGCAUACAGAAAUGUUGGAGGGGGGUGCGGGGGGGUUCCACUCUUGUCAGCCUUUGAACUAGCUGUAAAAAUUGGAGUAAAAAAAAUUCUAAUAAUAAUCAAUGGUACAUGGUCACAAAUCAGCAGAUGUCUUCCAUGCCAGAGUUAAUUGCUCAUUAGCUGCAGGUGUGGGAGCACACUCCAGAACCGACCCCGCGCAGCCUGAAAAUCUAAAGCGACAGACAACCAGAAAGCAACAGGACUGAACUUGCCAGAAUGAAGGAGCUAGCUUGGCACAAGUAGACGCAGAAGAAGAGUCUAUAUGCCUCAACAUUUACAGACUCCUUGUUUCUUUCCUUUUCUACUUCAUUUGUUUCCUGUAUUUCCUUCCCACCAUGUCUCCUUCCUUUUCUCCCACUUGUUCAUCUCCUCCAUCCUAGCCUCCUCGUCGGUUGCCCUCGCUUGUAAACAAAGCCCCUGUAACUUCAUCCUUCUCCUGCAUUCAUUCCCAUGAGGUCACGCGCUGCGUGUGCAGAGAAAGAGGGGUGGGGGGCGGGGAGUGUGGGUCGUUCCGAGGCGGGACGUGCUGGUGAUGAUGAUGAUGAUGCUUGCCCUUCCUCAGCAGCGGUGCACAUGUCGUCGGGUGCACAUCCUCCUGCGCCUUCUUCAUCAUCACCACCAUAACCAUCACCUUCACCUCCACGGGGAGAACACAAGAAAUAACUGCAGCGGAAUGCCUACUCGGAUUGUUUCCAGGACCCGCCCGAAGUAACCAUUACAGACGCUUCCAACAGCAACAUAAACAACAUAAACAACACUCCCAACGUUGCCGUGUUCCAGAGCUCAAAUUGGGAUCCAUAAUCAUCAGAGCUCGAAGGGCAGCUGAAGCCUCGUGCCCCUCAUGAUUUUGAAUCUGGUCGACUAGUGUCUUUGCCUGCAGCCUUCCUUCCUGUGUCAUCCAGGGAGUGCCACCAUGUUUCGCCUGGCCUCAUCCGCCCCCCUCCUCUUCCUCCUCCUCUUCACCAUCCUCUUCCUCUCCUCGGUGCCACUCUGCCAGUCCGAGUCCCAGCGUGGGACGGCGGUCUCAGCCUCCAUUCUGCCCUCUUCCUUGCCUUCCGCGGGGUCAUAUGCAAAUGGCAGUGUGCCGGCUGUGGGCAAGUGUGACGUUGUGACAGUGUGCAAGCCGGGCAUCCUGCUGCCUGUCUGGAGGCCCAUCAGGCCAGGCAUCGGAGAGCAGAUCGCCCGGGCAGUGGUUUACUUUGUGUCCCUCAUGUACAUGUUCCUGGGUGUCUCCAUCAUCGCCGACCGCUUCAUGGCGUCCAUCGAGGUCAUUACAUCACAGGAAAAGGAGGUGACCAUCACCAUGCCAAACGGAGAAACAUCAGUGGCAACAGUUCGGAUCUGGAACGAAACAGUGUCAAAUCUGACCCUAAUGGCUCUGGGCUCCAGUGCACCGGAGAUCCUGCUGUCAGUCAUAGAGGUGUGCGGUCACAAAUUCGAGGCGGGCGAGUUGGGACCAGGCACCAUCGUGGGCAGUGCCGCCUUCAACAUGUUUGUGAUCAUUGGCAUUUGCGUGUGGACCAUCCCCCAGGGCCAGGUGCGCAAGAUCAAACACCUGCGGGUCUUCUUCAUCACCGCCUUCUGGAGCAUCUUCGCCUACAUCUGGCUCUACCUCAUCCUGUCCGUCAUGUCGCCUGGCGUGGUCGAGGUGUGGGAGGCCUUGGUGACCCUCCUGUACUUCCCAGUGUGCGUCAUCCUGGCCUGGAUCGCCGAUCGGCGCCUGCUCUUUUACAAAUACAUGGGCAAGCGCUACCGUGCCGACAAACGCCACGGCAUCGUCGUGGAGAUGGAAGGAGACCUGACGCCCAAUAAGGGUGGCAUGGAGAUGAUCGCGGAUGGCAAGUUCCCGCCACGUGGGGCUGCCGUAGUCCCUGCCGAGAAUUGCAGCGGAGAUGGUGCAGGGGCGAAUAACGUGGGCGCGGCGAUGGCCCGGUCCACGUCCACGGGCGCUGGGAGCACACUGCCCAACUCCAACAGCGCCUUGGUCAAUAUGGAGACCAGUCGGGAGCUGGAUGAGAGCCGAAAGGAGGUCAUUCGUAUCCUGAAGGAGCUGAAGCAGAAGUAUCCUGACAAAGAGCUGGAUCAGCUGAUGGAGCUGGCUAACUACUACGCCCUGCUGCACCAGCAGAAGAGCCGAGCUUUCUACCGCAUACAGGCAACGCGUAUGAUGAUCGGAGCUGGUAACGUCCUGAAGAAGCAUGCCGCCGACCACGCUCGCCGCGCUGCGGCCACCGAAGAGGAGAUCCCGGAAGACGACGACGACCUGGCCCUGUGCAGCCGCAUCUCCUUUGAAAGUGCUCACAGCCAGUGCAUGGAGAACUGUGGGAUCCUUAAACUGGCUGUCAUAUGCCAAGGGGGCCUGGGUGAGAACACCUUCUACGUAGACUACAGGACCGAAGACGGCUCAGCCAAUGCCGGCUCUGAUUACGAGUACAGUGAAGGAACACUGGUGUUCAAACCCGGAGAGACUCGCAAGGAAAUUAAGGUCGGCAUCAUCGACGACGACAUCUUUGAGGAGGAUGAGCACUUUUUCGUGCGGCUACUCAACCUGCGGGUGGGGGACGCUGAGGGCAUGUUUGAAAGCGAUGAAGCGGGCGCCGUGCCCAAGGGCCAGCUGGUGGAGCCCCUGGUGGCCACCGUGACCAUUCUGGAUGACGACCACGCAGGCAUCUUCACUUUCAGCGAGCGCAUGAUGCGCAUCAGCGAGAGCAUGGGCACCAUGGAAGUGACGGUGGUGCGUAACUCGGGCGCCCGCGGCACUGUCAUCCUGCCGUAUCACACCGAGCCGGGCACCGCCAAGGCGGGCGAGGACUACGAGGAAGCACAGGGCGAGCUGGAGUUCACCAAUGACCAGACAACUCAAACGCUCCACGUGAGGAUAAUCGAUGAUGAAGAAUACGAAAAACAUGAAAACUUCUUUAUCGUCUUGGAGGAGCCACGCUGGCUGAAAAGAGGAAUUUCAGCGCUGCUACUCAGCCACGAGGGGUCUGAGGGCCAGCUGAGCGCCGAGGAGGAGGAGGCCCGAAGGAUUGCCGAGAUGGGCAAGCCCAUCCUGGGGGAGCACAGCCGGCUGGAAGUGGUCAUCGAGGAGUCCUAUGAGUUCAAGAGCACGGUUGACAAGCUCAUUAAGAAGACCAACUUGGCACUGGUCAUUGGCACACACUCCUGGAGGGAGCAAUUUGUGGAUGCUGUCACUGUGAGCGCAGGUGACGAUGACGAGGAAGAAGGCCGCGAGGAGCGUCUCCCCUCCUGCUAUGACUAUGUCAUGCACUUCCUCACCGUCUUCUGGAAGGUUCUGUUCGCCUGCGUGCCACCUACCGAGUACUGGAACGGCUGGGCCUGCUUCAUUGUUUCCAUCAGCGUCAUCGGCCUGCUCACUGCCGUCAUCGGGGAUCUGGCGUCGCACUUCGGCUGCACAGUGGGACUGCGAGACUCGGUGACCGCCGUCGUUUUUGUGGCCCUGGGAACAUCCAUUCCUGACACGUUUGCCAGCAAAGUGGCCGCCAUCCAGGACCAGCACGCAGAUGCUUCAGUGGGAAACGUGACGGGGAGCAACGCCGUCAACGUCUUCCUGGGGAUCGGCGUGGCCUGGUCGGUGGCCGCCAUCUACUGGAAGAUCGAGGGCAAAGAGUUCAAAGUGAAGCCGGGUUCACUGGCCUUCUCCGUCACACUCUUCACCAUAUUUGCAUUCAUCUGUAUGGGCGUGCUACUGUUCCGGCGCCGGCCCUCCAUCGGAGGCGAGCUGGGGGGCUCUCGACUAUCCCGUAUCCUCACAAGUCUACUGUUCCUGGGCCUGUGGUUCCUCUACAUCCUUUUUUCCAGCCUGGAGGCCUACUGCCACAUACCGGGUUUCUAAGAUGGAUAAACAUUCAAUACACAUUUAAACACACUACAGGUCUUAAGCAAGGGUUCUCAAACCUCUUGGGUCCGUAUAA